CACACACACACGGGACACACACGCACACAGACGCGCACUCUACUUCCACAGUUUCUUUAUUUUCUGCAGGAAAAUUAGAAGCAAAACUACACGAAAUUCGCAGUGACCGCGAGGCAGACUCGCGACCGAAAAGUAAUCGGAAUCUCGGCGGUGAUCCGGAGGCCAAGUCCCCACCGUGCGAUGCUAGCAACUGGCCAGCAGCAAUCAGCAGUCGCCGUCCAAUAACCAAUAUCGCAUUCGAUUUUCGGGUCGGAGUUGCGGAACGCGGAACCAACCUAUCGCCAGUCAUCGUACGUGGCGCUAUUCGGAAUCUCGCAGCAGGUGAUCCAUCCGGCCGGAGGAGCUGCUCCAUCCGGAACCGGGCGCCAUGACGGACGCCGCUGGCAACGCGCUGGCCGAGAAGGCCCUGCCGCAGAUGAAGGGCUGGCUGCUAAAGUGGACCAACUACAUCAAGGGCUACCAGCGCAGGUGGUUCGUCCUCUCAAAGGGUGUUUUGAGCUACUACCGCAACCAGUCGGAGAUCAACCACACGUGCCGGGGCACCAUCUCGCUACACGGGGCUCUUAUCCACACGGUGGACUCGUGUACGUUCGUUAUCUCGAACGGCGGCACCCAGACCUUCCACAUCAAGGCCGGCACCGAGGUGGAGCGCCAGUCGUGGGUCACCGCCUUGGAGCUGGCCAAGGCCAAGGCCAUUCGGGUCAUGGAGUGCGAGGAGGAGGAGGAGACGGAGACGGCCCAUGUGGUGCCCAGCCAGGAGAUCAGUUCGGUGGUUCGCGAUUUCACUGACCGGCUGGAGAACAUGCGCACCUGCUACGACCUCAUCACCAAGCACGGCGCCGCGCUGCAACGGGCCCUUAACGAUCUGGAGACGAACGAGGAGGAGUCGCUCGCAAGCCGCACCAAGAUCGUCAACGAGCGGGCCACCCUCUUCCGGAUCACCUCGAAUGCGAUGAUAAACGCUGGCAACGAUUACCUGCAAUCGGCGGAGGCCCAGGGCCACAAGUGGUCCAAGAUGCUUCACCAUGAGCGCGAGCAGCGCCAGCGGCUGGAGGAGAUCAUCGAGCAGAUGGCCAAGCAGCAGUCGCAAAUGGAGCAGGCUGCCAUCCUGGUGCGUCAAAACAAACCGGUCCCUUCCAGCUCGGGCAACGCCACGUCCAGCUCUCUGGUGACCUCCGACGACGAGGUAGAGUUUUUCGACGCUGAGGAACACGGCUACACUGGUCCAGGUCGCUCCGCCGAAUCGCCCGAUCGGGGUACUUUCAUUCUGAAGAUGAACACACGACGCAGCAGUAGCGAGGAGCAGGCAGAGGGACACCAGGAGGGCAGCUCAUCCGAGAGCGACGAGCAGAAGCGCACAGUGCAAACUGUGCAGCAGGUGUGCCUUGUGAGUGCGCCGCGGGUGACCUCCGGCGCGCAGGCGGAUGACGACGACGUGGACAAGGCGGUGCCGGCCAAGCAGAGCACCGACUCCAUCUACGGACGCAACUGGAACCCGGAUCUUAUGAAGAAGCGGCGCGACCGAGUGCCGGACAAACCGAACCACCCCAUCAGUCUGUGGGGCAUCAUGAAGAACUGCAUCGGCAAGGAUCUCUCCAAGAUCCCCAUGCCCAUCAAUUUCAACGAGCCGCUGUCGAUGCUGCAGCGCCUGGUGGAGGACUACGAGUAUACAGAGAUCCUCGACUACGCGGCCACCUGUCAGGAUGAGUGCGAGCAGCUGGCCUACCUUGCUGCCUUUACCGUGUCCGCCUACGCCACGACCACGAAUCGCACCGGCAAACCCUUCAAUCCGCUGCUGGGCGAGACCUACGAGUGCGACCGCAUGGACGACUACGGCUGGCGGUGCUUAGCCGAGCAGGUCUCCCACCAUCCGCCGGUGGCGGCGCUCCACUGCGAGAGCAAGAACUGGAUGUGCUGGCAGGAGUUCUCCAUGACCAGCAAGUUCCGCGGCAAGUACGUUCAAAUUAAUCCGCUAGGCGGGGUCUAUGUGCAAUUUCUAAACAGCGGCAGGCGUUAUUCCUGGCGCAAGGUGACCACCACGGUGAACAACAUCAUUGUGGGCAAACUGUGGGUGGACCAGCAUGGCGAAAUGGAAAUACUGGGAUCGCAGGCGGCCGAGGGGCACAAGUGCGUCCUGAACUUUAUCCCCUACUCUUACUUCAGCCGCGAAGUGCAGCGGAGCGUUAAGGGCGUGGUGAUGAACAAGGACAACGAGGUGAAGUGGGUGGUGCGCGGUACCUGGGACAUGAAGAUCGAGAUCGCACCAGUGCUGAAAACUACGGGUUCGCCAAGCAGUCCCACGUACACCACGGGCGAGUUCAAGCUUGCCUGGCGCCGUCGGCCUGCUCCGCCAGAGUCGGAGAAGUUCUACAACUUCACCACGCUAGCCUGCCAGCUCAACGAAGAGGAGGAGGGCGUGGCACCGACGGAUUCACGCCGUCGUCCCGACCAACGGCUAAUGGAACAGGGUAACUGGGACGAGUCGAACAAAGAGAAGCUGCGCCUGGAAGACAAGCAACGUACAGAGCGUCGGCGGAGGGAGAACGAGGCAGAGGAGGCUGCAGCGGAGGGUAGACCGUAUCCGGCCUACGAGCCCAUGUGGUUCAAGCGCGAAAAGGAGGAGGGCAGCGAGGAAUAUGUGCACGUGUUCAAGAACACCUACUGGGAGGCCAAGGCGGCGCAGAACUUCGAAGGCUGCCCGGAGAUCUACUAAGCAGCAACGGGAAAAACUGCAGCCACUACCACACAGAGCAGCCUUAGCGAAUAUUCUAAAGAUUUCAAGAUUGCAGCCUCCACUCCACUGCACACAGCCCAUACACCACAGCGGGACACGCUCCGUCGGAUUGCGGAGCAGCACACACGCAUAAAGUAGUACCACACUUCAAUCUAGUGCAUAUAUAUAAAUUAAUUCCUGUAAACUAACCAAGUUCGAUCCGUGCCCUUGCAUCGAAAUUUACUUUGAUUAUUUCUUUUCUGACUUUCGGUUCCUCAUUUUCUGGUAGCUUUCUAAACGAGGGCUAGACAAGUAGAAGCUCUUAUUCCGGUUUACCCCUUUAAACCACUAGAUGUAUUUUCCUUUCCGCAGAAUACAUGUUUCGCCUUUGUUGUGUAUAUAUAUAUAUCGAACCGAAUCGAAUGCCGAGGGAGGAGCCAGAGAAUAUGUUAAAUGUUAUAAAUUUAUGCAAUUUAUUAUUAAAGUAUUAUUUAAAUAAAGCAA